GGACAUGCUCAAGUCGGCUGGGUAAAGCAAAAUGGCGGAGGGAGGGAAUGCUGUUUCCUCAGAUGAAGAAUAUUCCUCGUCUAGUUCUUCUCCUUCUUCCUUCUGGUCUUUUUCGGGAAUAAACAGAGCCAAAUUCAACAGUGGAUCCGAGGGUACGAGCUCAAACACAAGUUCUACUGGAACAGAAGGUGAGCUUUGAAAUAAUACUUGGCGACGUUUCAACAUGAACGCCGCCAUUUUUAAAAGGCAAAGUAGGAGUCAAUUAAUGGUCAUUAAUUUCUUUUUUUCAUACGAUGGCCCAAUAAGCUACGAUCGCAGGUUGAAUCGCUCUGUGUACACUCUUUGACAAUCAGUUUAAGCUAAAUACAUGCAGUCAGGUAUAAAUGUAAUUAUUAAUGUCCCAAACAUCGUGCGUACGUUUGGAGGAUGGUGAACAAAAACAUUGUUUUGGCCCUAUUUUGCUCUUGUUGUAUCGCAAAAGCAGAUAUGCCUUAGCCACAUAAGCUUAUAGGUUGAUUUUAUUUAAAUCUUGUUAUCUUUGCUGUAGUAAAAAUAUUUUUUUUGUCUUCGAUACAGCAAGUUCGAGCGGUCUGCAUCAGCUUCCAGAUGAAGGAAUUUAUGGAUGGAUCUCAUCUUUGAUUAACGAAGGCAAGGUCGCCCGUUUUGUCGAUCGUCAGAAGGGAAUUUACGAGUUAGAUUGGCAGAUUGUGGUCUGGAAAUACUGGUUUGACUGGAGAAGAUCGCGGCGUCGAGAUCGAAAGUCAAAAAGUCCUAAAAACAUCAAGUUUAACCACAGAACGGCGAGUAACACCCUACGUGCAGCUCUGCUAAACGCCUACAAAGAUAAGGGUGCUAUGGAAUUCUCCGAAAAAAUCGUGAUGGACAGGAGAAAAAGGACCAUAAAACGCCGUUUUAGACUGCCCUCAACCGUGACACAGAAGUUUGCAAGACAUUUGGUAAGCUGAUAUUCCUUUGUAUUUCCAGAGUGAAUCAUUACGAAUUGAUCAAUAUUCUUCAUUGUGAAUUGAAUGUAUUUUGAGCUGAGCUUGUGAACGUGCCGGUUUUGGAGGGAUUAGGGGUAUUUUGUAGAAUGUCACAUAUGGCCCCUGAAUGCUGAGUGACUCUGAAGUUUAGCAAUUAGGGUUAGGAAACUGAAUGAAUCAGGUUCCAUUUAGGGUUAUUAUUGAGUGGCAAAUUGGAAGGUGUUGCUCUCCAUUCUAUACUGGGUAAACUGUCCUGAAGCAUGAUUCCCUCAGUUUAAUCCCACAUAUAACCCUAAUCAUUAAACUUCAGAGUUAUUUGGCAUUGGAAAGCCAUUUGGCUUUCUGCAAAAUACCCCUAGCUGCCAAUAAGUGAGAAAAUCAGUCUCUGCAAUGGUAGCAUUAUUUCUUGUGGGGAGGGGAUGUAAGCAGGCAGCUCCUCUGGUUCCUAUGAUCAGCACUCUUCUUCCUACCCUUGCACCCCCACCCCCUUGAGAAUGACUGUCAUGUCAGGGGGUUUUUUGCUUAUUUUUGUUUAAAACUGCUUUGAUAGAAAUAUAGGUCAAAGUUCAAGAAGGGACACAUUUAACCACUUCAAUCAAAAUUAACAUUUAACACUGAAAAAAUUUUCUAAUUUCUUUAUUUCAGUAUAAAGUGUCUAAAACUUCUUCUGUCAGUCCAAAGGUAACGGAGGCAUUUGGAGAUAGCUCUUAUGGUAAAAUUUAAUUUAUAAUCAAUGCUUUUAAUUAUCAUGACUUUUCCACUAAUGAAGCACAAUUACUAUAAUAAUGCUCAAUUGAACCCUGCAGAUUAAUUAAUCAGUAUUUCUUUUGAUCUAAAAAGUUCUUUUUGCUUCUCUAUAAAUCAAGGUGCUUAGGCGGGGGGGUAACUCCAAUACAUUACCUAUACAGGUAUGUGCCGCCUAACGGGGUCGUGAUUUUGAAGCUCCUGAUUUAGAACGGGGUAUCCAUUUCGGAGGCGUUUUCUAGAAUGGGGUAUAAAAAAUUGUGGAUCAUGGCUUUAUCUUCUGCUUAAAAUUGUUGCUGAUCAUGAAGAAGCAUUUAUUUGAUGUAUAAGUCGAACAAAUAAAGAAAAAUAUUUUUAAAAAAACAGGGCUAUUUCAAUUUACAAACUUUCUGGAAAGGAGUAUAAAAAAUUGGCCCAUUUCUAGAAAGGGGUGUCAGUUUUAGGGCAAAUUCUAGAAUGGGGUAUAAAAAAUUGGCCCAUUUCGAGAACGGGGUAUCAAUUUUAGAGGAAAUUUUUUUAGAACAGGGUGCCAAUUUGGAGUCCCGGGCGGCACAUACCCACCCAAAAAAUACACAAGUGCCCCCGGGUACUUAGUUUGUGUAACUGCAGUAAUUAACUGACACUUAUUUCUUUACCCAUGUAUUUUACAGAAUCUCUCCAUUCAUCACCGCAUCCGCAAAUUGCUUCUAUAGAUUUCAGUUCUCUCAAUAUUGAUGCUAAGGUAAAAUAUCAAUAUUAAUUUGUUUACUUUAUUUAUUAUAAUCACAAGUAUAACAAUUUUUUAAACAUCUGAUUAGCUAUCAGCAGCCCUAUAAUUUCACAAAUUAUUUAUAAUCAGGCCAGAGAGUGCAUGUCAUGCCUCAGUAACUGGAAUACAUGUGCAAUCGCAUGCACACUCUUUCUUACUUCUAACCAAAAAAACCUCUUGGAAUAGCUUAAUGAUUCUCUUGUAAGUUAAAAACUAUAAAUUUGUUGUAUUUUAGGAAUCUGAAAGUCUAAUCAAAUACUUGACUGAACCUGAUCAGCACGAAUUAGAUGAUCCUUUCUUAAGAAGUGGUCACAGUAUCAUGAUGGUUAGCAAAAGUGAAGUAUCGUCAUCAGGAUAUGAAAGUAAGUUCAUUUAUUCAAUGACCUUACAUAAGAGAAUUUUUUUAUAUACAUCUAAUUAUUAGUAAUUCUCAUUCAUAAGUGUAGCAGUACAUCCCCAGUUGGAGGGCAGGGGGGGAGGAUACUUCACAAAACUUUAUUUAAGUAUCACAUAUAACUAGGGACUAUGCAUUUCAUGGGUAGGAGAACAUAUAUCACUAUAGGGAUAUGUGUUUGGUGGGUAGGGGAACACAUAUAACUAGAGACUAUGUGUUUUACUGGGUAAGGGAACAUAUAUCACUAGGGAUAUGUGUUUCCUGAGAAGGGGAACACAUAUCACUAGGGUUAUGUGUUUCCUAGGCAGGGGAACACAUAUCACUAGGGAUAUACAUUUCGUGAGAAGAGGAACACAUAUCAGUAGGGAUAUGUGUUUCCUGGGUAGGGGAACACAUAUCACUCAGGAUAUGUCUUUCCUGAGAAGGGGAACACAUAUCACUAAGGAUAUGUGUUUCCUGGGAAGGAAAACACAUAUCACUAGGGAUAUGUUCUUCCUGGGGGUUCUUACAACCAGGGGUUCUUAAAACCAAUGGUCUUACAACCAGGGUUUCUUACAACCAGGGCUUCUUACAACCAGAGGUUCUUACAACCGGGGGUUCUUACAACCAGGGGUCUUAAAGCCAAGGGUUCUUACAACUGGGGGUUCUUACAACCAGGCCGGGUUCUUACGACCAGGGGUUCUUACAACCCUUACAACCGGGGAUUCUUAUAACCAGGGCUCAAACACCCAGGGGUUCUUACAAUCAGGGGUUCUUACAACAAGGGGUUCUUACAACCGGGGGUUCUUACAACCAGGGGUUCUUACAGCCAGGUGUUCUUACAACCAGGGGUCUUACAACCAGGGAUUCUUACAACCAGGGGAUCUUCCAACCAGGGGUUCUUACAGCCAGGGGUCUUACAAUCAGGAGUUCUUACAACCGGGGCUUCUUACACCCAGGGGUUCACAACCGGAGGUUCUUACAAUCAGGAGUUCUUACAACCAGGGGUUCUUACAGCUAGGGGUUCUUACAACCAGGGAUUCUAACAACCAGGGGUUCUUACACCCAGGGGUUCUUACAAAUGGAGGUUCUUACAACCAGGGGUUUUAUAAGCAGGGGUUGUUACAACCAGGGGUUCUUACGACCAGGGAUCUUACAAUCAGGGGUUCUUACAACCAGGGGUCUUAAAGCCAGGGGUUCUUACAACCGGGGGUUCUUACAACCAGGCCGGGUUCUUACGACCAGGGGUUCUUACAACUGGGGGUUGUUACGACCAGGGGUACUUACAACCAGGGGUUUUUAAAACCAGGGUUCUUAGAUUACCGGGGGUUCUUACAACCAGGGGUUCUCACAACCAGGGGUCUUACAACCAGGGGUUCUUACAACCCUUACAAACAGGAAUUCUUACAACCAGGGUUCUCACACCCAGGGAUUCUUACAAUCAGGGGUUCUUACAACCAGGGGUUCUUACAACCCUUACAAACAGGAAUUCUUACAACCAGGGUUCUCACACCCAGGGAUUCUUACAAUCAGGGGUUCUUACAACCAGGGGUUCUUACAACCCUUACAACCAGGGAUUCUUACAACCAGGGUUCUCACACCCAGGGGUUCUUACAAUCAGGGGUCUUACAACCAGGGGUUCUUACAACCAGGGAUUCUUACAACCAGCGGUCUUACAACCAGGGUUCUUACAACCAGGGCUUCUUAAUAAACCAAGGGGUUCUUACAACAAAGGACUCUUACAUCCGGAAGUUUUUACAACCACGUGUUCCUACAACCGGAGGAUCUUACAACAGGGGGUCUUACAACCAGGGGUUCUUACAACCGGGGGUUUUUACACCCAGGGGUUUUUACAACCACGGGUUUUUACAACCAGGAGUUUUUACAACCAGGGGUUCUUAAAACCAGGGAUUCUCACGACGAGGGGUUCUUACAACCGGGGGUUUUUACAAUCAGGGGUUCUUGCAACCGGGGGUUCCUACAACCAGGGAUUCUUAAGGGUUCUUACAACCAGGGUUCUUACAACCAGGGUUUUUUAAAGCUAGGGGUUCUUACAACCAGGCACUCUUACAACCAGGAGUUCUUACAACCGGGGGUUCUUACAACCAGGGGUUCUUACAACCAGGGUUUUUUACAACCAGGGAUUUUUAAUGCUGGGGGUUCUUACAACCAGGCAUUUUUACGACCAGGAGUUCUUACGACCGGGGGUUCUUACAACCAGGGGUUCUUACAAUAAGACGUUCUUAGAACCAGGUGUUCUUACAACCAUGGAUUCUUACAACCAAGGGUUAAUUCUUACAACCAGGGGUUCUUACAACUGGGGGUUCUUACAACCGGGGUUUCUUACAUAUAACUCACCAGGGAUAUGUGUUUCUUGGGUAGGGGAACCCAUAUCACUAGGGAUAUGUGUUUCCUGAGAAGGGGAACACAUAUCACUAGGGAUAUUUGUUUACUGGGUAGGGAGACACAUAUCGCUAGGGAUAUGUCUUUCCUUGUUACGGGGACACAUAUUACUAGGGGUGUGUGUUUCCUGGAUAGAGGAGCACAUAUCAUAAGGGAUAUGUGUUUCCUGAGAAGGGAAACACAUAUCACUUGGGAUAUUUGUUUCCUGGGUACACAUAUUACUGGGGAUAUGUCUUUGCUGGAAAGGGGAACAAAUAUCACUAGGGAUAUAUGUUUUCUGAAAAAGGGAACACGUAUCAGUAGGGAUAUGUGUUUUCUGGGUAGGGGAACACAAUUCACCAGGGAUAUAAGGUCCUGGGUAGAGGAACACAUAUCACUAGGGUAUGUCUUUCCUGGGAAGGUUAACGCAUAUGACUAGGGAUAUGUGUUUCCUUUUUGGUAGCAGAACACAUAUCACCAGGGAUAUGUCUUUCCUGGGAAGGGGAACACAUAUGACUAGGGAUAUGUGUUUCCUGGAUAGGGGAACACAUAUGACUAGAGAUAUGUGUUUCCUGGGAUGGGGAACACAUAUCCCUAGGGAUAUGUGUUUCUUGGGUAUUGGAACACAUUUCACUAGGGAUAUGUGUUUCCCGGGUAGUGGAACACAUAUCACUAGGGAUUAGUUUUUCUUGGGUAGGAGAACACGUCGCUUAAGGGAUAUCUGUUUGCUUGGUAGGGGAACACUUAUCACUAUUGAUAUGUGUUUCUUGGGUAGGGGAACACAUAAUACUAGGGAUAUGUGCUUCCCUGCUUCAUAUUACUGGGGAUAUUUGUUUCCCUGGGAGACGAGCACAUAUCAGUUAAGGGAUAUGUGUUUUCCAGAGAGGGGAACACAUCUUACUAGGGAUGUGUGUUUCUUCAUUAGGGGAACACAUAUCACUAGGAAUAUGGAUUUUCGGCGAGGGAAAACACAUAAUAUUUCCCUAGUGAAAUUUGUUCCAUUCCCAAGGAAAGACAUUUCUUUAGUGAUAUGUGUCCGUUCCGCGGAAAACACGUAUAUAGUGAUAUCUAGUCUUCUACCCAGGAAACACAUAUCGCUAGUAAUAUUUGUUUCCCUACCCCUAGUUGCAAGAAUGGGAAUGGCACUCCAUGUGCUUAGCUUGAGAUCUGAAUCCGCUCUGUUUAAUAGCAAAAAGUUGUCCAAAAUAGUUUCCCAUUUUUAAUUUGUGACUAUUUAACAAUUAUUCCAUGAGUGCGCGUUGGAAGCUACACGCUACACCCAUUUUGGCUAUAAUCAUCUCACAUCCAACGAGUGCGAAUCGAAUAAUAGUUGUAUUAAAAAUGCUCAAAAAUAGCUAUAAUUCUUUCCAAUUUUAUUUGUAAAAACAAUCGAUUUUCGGCAUGUUUUUGAUUUUGACCAGACACGUACAAAAGUAUGGUAUAAUUGCUCAUAUACCAUGGUGGCUAAGCCAAUCAGAGCUUUAGCAUUGCAGAAGAGUACAAAGAGGUGUGCCAAUAUAACUGACCACUGAAUAAACAAACAAUUUACGGAUUGUAUUGCAUUCUUCUUCAUCAAAUACAGUAACAUAAUGUAAUACAUUGCAUAUGGGUCUGAAUUAAUUUUGUCAUCACUUUUUUGAACAGCUGCUCCUGAGGGCUCUGUAGAAGAAAAUCUUGUCCAAGAAAUUGAUCCUAAUGAGGGACCUUAUCAGGUUGGCUUUAAUAAUAAUAUGGAUUGAUAAAUUAAUAACUAAUUGGAAAUUUUAACAGGAGUUCGUGUCUGUCACAAGGUUUUGAAUGACUUGGUUUGCUUGAUCUACAAGUGGACUGUGUGCAAAUGCCAGUUGUCUCCCCCCACCCCUCCCCCCUUCCCUCCAAAAAAUAACAUUUACCUUCAGGAAUGAGAUACGCAAGAGGUUGGUAUAGUCUCCUUCGCAGCGGUUUUGAGGGCGUCACGCAACGCUCCUUCUCCUCUCCUUCUUGGUGAGGAGUGUUGCGUGAUGCCCCUUCCCAAGGAGGGAGGAGGAGAAGCGUUGCGUGACGACCCUAAAGACGGCCGCAAAUCGAAGGAGACUAGAGGUGGUAUACAAAAACAAAAUUCACACAAACAAAAUGAUACAUUUAACAUUUCAAUUAAGCAAUUUUUUCAUCGUGAAUAUGGCUAAAUAGUUAAGUAAAUGCUGAUAGCCAUUGAUCGGUUACAUUAGGCAUCAGUGGCAUGUCAUUGUCCUACACUCUGCCAAUCAAUUCAGUAAAUUUUGUCUCAAACUAAUUUAUUUAAUAGUGUGUUUGACUUCCUUUGAAAAUCUCUUGACCAAUAUAUUACGUGAAAUAUCUGUUAAUGUGUUUGUUCUUUUUUGUUGUUUUCAGGGAGGAAAUACAGCAUUUAUUUUCCUUGGGAAUUCCCCCAGUGGCAUCUCUAGAGGAUCUGGGUGUAAGGUGGUGUUUUAUGAACCUAAACAGCGCCUGGCUGCUUCUGAGGUGACGGCUGCCGUUAAAAAUCCUUUCACUCUGAAAGUUACCGUUCCACACUGCCCAAGUAAGUUCAUUAGGAAUGAAUCAAUGUGAAAUAUUUCGCACUUCUUAAGCUCAGAACAAUACCAAAAUGACAGAAAAACGUAUUAGGCGUUUUCUCUUAGAGUCGUCGAGAGUGAAAGUAUGUGGUUCUGUAGCAUUUAAUUAAUGGAAAAUAAGACGAACACACACUAAAAUGAGGCUUUUGCCAAUACAGUAGUGCAUCAGUCAAAGAAAAAAUGUUUUGGUAUAUACGCAUUGCGAACCUACUUUAAAAGAGGCGUGGCUUGUCCUGCACGUGCUUGAAAGUCCAGUUUGCAUUUUCAUUUUCAUCAAAACAGGACUAAAAAGCUUUUUUUAAAACUUAAGUCCACCUUGGUUUUUAUCAACCAAGCUUUCGAUGUCUGGACCAGAUAUCAGUUUAAAACGCUGUUUCUUGAUCAGUCCCUCAGAAGAAAAUAGUCACUUUGCUAAUGAGAACCUAAUACAAGAAUCGGCGAUCCAUGGCCAAUCUUGCCGCCAUCUUGGCUAUCAAUGCCGCCUGUUCUUAAAACCGUACCUAGUACUUACGCACAUAAACAGAGGGGAUCUUUAGGGGAAAAUGUGCUCUAAAAUGUGGUUACCGUGGGUCAUGAAGGCAGAGAAAAGGACUCGCCUCCCACCAAUGUGGCGCGGGUUCAAAUGCCGGCGUCGACGUAUGUUGGUUCUCUCCAUCGCUCCGAGAGGUUUUUCCGGUUUCCCGCGUCUCUUCCAAAACCAACAUUACUAAAUUGAGGGGACAUUGGGGGAUACCCAAUACCGCAAUACCGUACGAAAAACUGGCAAAUACCAAAAUAGCGUGUCGAAAAUGGACGAAAUACCGAUACCGCUUUUAUGAUCGGUGACGCUUACUUAACGUUGUAUCCAUCUCGCGUGUUUUUUUUAUGUCAAGCAUGUAUACACCAGAAAUCAACCUCAGCCUUCGCGAGAAAACGUGAGAAGAUCUCGAAUUGAUCGGUACAACGAUCGAAAAGCCAGGUCAUUAGAUGUCUUACCACAUCACAGAGUAACUGUCAGAAAUUGUGUAUUCAUUUACCGUUAAGUCUAAAGUCUUCCAAAUAUUGACCUACAUUAGACAGGAGAGGCCAAAUGAACAGUACCGCAAUACCGUGAAGGAUCUUCUUUUACCGAAUACCGUUAGCCAGAAGGAUGAGAAACCGCAUACCGCAGGGAUGGAUGAUACCACAAUAUAUACCGCUCAUUUAGUAAAAUCAAAAUUACUGAAAUACCGCUUGAAAAAAAGCUCAAUACCGCAAUACCAUAAACCCCCAUGUCCCUCUCUAAAAUUCAAUUCGCCCAGGAAUGGUAGACGAGGAAUCUUCAGGAUUAUGUGGGUUAACCAUUUUCAGUUAUUUAUAAUUUAUGAAUGCUUAAUAUGGGAUGUACUCUGUCCGGUUUAUGGGCUUCUGGCCCAUUAAAUUUCUUUUUAACACAUGGAUUAAUUAGUUUUAAUCAAUACAGGACUUUCAGGAGCUCAACUAGCCCGUGGCAAGCUGACAGUGAACGUCCUUGUAAGCGCAUUAGACGGUCGUUACAUUGGUGAAACCAUCUACACGUACAAUGCCAGCCUAAUGACCCAGUUUGAACAAUGUGUGAAGGCUCUGGAUGACGAUCAUAUGGAAGUGGAUAUUCAUUCCUCUAAGGAAGGAGAGGCCUCACUUAACUACAGAAGUAAGCCGUCUUAUACUUCUAUCUCGCUCAUAUUAAUGAUAAUAAUAAUAAUAAUAACAAUAAUAAUAAUAAUAAUAAUAAUAACAAUAACAAUAAUUAUGCUGGGAUCUGCGCGAAUCCUCAGAAAGGUGCUCGGUGUAUGAACAGAAUGAUUGACUUGAGUGACUGACGCUCUAGGUGCAUGGUUUGCGCCCGGCUGAUGCACAAAAAGAACACCAGCAAAAACUGUGAUAAAAGAGAUAAUAAUAAUAAUAAUUUAUUACUUCUAUUGCGCGCAUCCCAAAAAAUGAUCAUGCGCGCAUUACAUUAUAGAUAUGAAUAAACUUGAUAUAAUACAAUUGAAUAUCUUACAAUUAAUAAAAAUCAGUUUACAUAAUACUGAUAUGACUCCGUCGUUUACGAUCAAGUGAAAACUAGGUUGUCGGAGUCACAAGCAGAAGAACUAAGCUAAUCACAAAGCAUGGGAACGUGCGUUGUGAUUGGUUUAUCCUUCUGCUCCCUUCCAACUCCGACAAUCUGGUUUUCACUAGAUCGUAAGCGACGGAGUCGUAAGCGGGGUCAGAAAAAAAUGGAAACGUUCUGAUUCUUUCGUCGCGCUCAUGACUCUGCUUACGCCUCCAAUUUUUGAUUUUCAAUGAGUCAUAAGACUCCACUUCCGACUCCGACUCCGUCACUGGUGAAAACCAGCCUUAACAGAUGAGACUUAAUAUUAUUGGCGCAAUUUCACAGAGACCUUCUGAGGCGGGUGUUAGGUGAUGGGGGACGGUUUUCGCACGCAUUCGCGCGGGUUGUCUCCAAAAAAACAGUACACCCAGUAUGUAAUGUUAUGCAUUUUACACAGUUCGGUAUUAGAUUUUGCUCAAUCUUAGCCAUCUUGUACAAUCUUAGAGCGGAAGGAAAUGUGUUAAAGGCACAAUCUUCUCGCGGCUUCACCAUUUCUGCGACCGCUCACUAAGCUUGUUUGCGUGUGCGCCCAAACAAAACCGCCAUCUGCGCGGCUAAGUUGGUGAACCUCGUUCUCAAGUAGAAAAGAACCCUGGGAAAGAGGUUGGCGUCGAGCGAUCGCGAGGCGAGGUGUAAAAGAAGUGAAAGCGCAGUUGAAUAUACUGCGCAUGUACCUGAAUACUCACUUUUUCCAAUAUAAAGUGUUUUCGCCUUUUAACCUGGAAAUGAAGAUAAGCGCAAUUUCCGGGGAGGAGAAGCUAAGUCAGUAUUUCAUUCAAACGUAAACUUGGCGAAAGAGGAGUGAGGAAAACUUUGAUCAUUACAGGCGAUUUUAAACUCCUUACCAAUUACUUUUCUGUUUUUUUUCUUAUUUACUAUUAUUAUCAUUAUUUUUACAGUGUGGGAUUUGUCAGGUUCGCAUGCUUUGAGUUUCUCUUCUCUUCGCGUGAUGGCGUUUGUGGCGGUUAAGGAAAGAGCCUUCAACUUUCUAUCGUCACUUCUAAACAGCCCAGUCGCAUGGCAAGUGUUACAGCACUGUAAAAACAAACUAUUGUCGUUUGUUGAGCAUCUUAGAAGCAGAAACAGCCAAAGUGAUGAAGGUACCUCUGUGCUGGAUUUUUGUGAAAGGUAAUUAGUACCCAAACACAUUUUUCAUUUUUUUAACUUAAUAUUAUAGCUACUAAAUGCUACAAAAGCCCCACUGUCAAAAAAUUGGUUCAGCUUCUCUCGGUCAAAGAGGAAUUGGGUUACUUAGUCCGAAAGUCGCUGUUCAGCUCGUAGCGAUCCUGUGUAAUCAAGGGUGCGUUUGGGUCGGACAAGGAGAUAUGAUUAUCGUGUUGUCUUUCGCCGGGCAAAGCAAAGUCCAGGCGAAAGUCCGUCGGGCGAAAAGACUUUGUGCCGCCUGAGAAUCGUCCAAAGAGAGUGCCGCGUAUCACUUUUGCAAACCUCAGCAGUUGGGAAUGAAUCCAUUUAUCUAGAAAGAAGAAUUACGGACUUUUUUUAUUUAGGCCAUAGUCGGGAUCUCUAAUAAGGUGUGCGCCCCAAAAGCGAUUUAAUUCCAUUUUGGAAGGUAUUUUCACACGCCGAGCUUUUUUAAAGGCUAUAGUCUCUCUUUUAAAGUGAAAUACCGAAAUUUAACGGUGGAAUCCACAGAAAAGUGCAAACGGAAGUGUAUAUCGCAUACUCACUUGACGUUAAAAAAAAGCAGUAAAUGACAUUUCGUGCAAGUGCAAUAUUGUGAGGAAAAUGUCUUCGUGGCCCGGUUGUUUGUGUGUAAACACAUUUUUCCGCCUUAACUUAUUGCGGCGGAGAAUUUCACACUAAGAAAUAUUAACUGCAUUGUAACGCUACGAUGGCUUUCCGAAGUUUUUGAAUUUCGCGGUCCAUGAUUUUGCUACGCGUCGGCAAUCGCAACUUUUAUUUUGCGACCAGUAGCAGCGCUUUCCCCCAAAAAUGAAAAUGGCCAUAAAAGGAGCAAAAAUGCGUGUCAUUGUGAACUCAAACAUGCAACCCAGAGGGUUCGCUAUGCUCUUGUGUUGGCUAUGUUCUUGUUAAAGAGCCGGCGCGAAAUUUUAAAGCCAAUCAGAAGGGAUCAGUACGGACUGAACUCAACAAAUUUGCUUGCUCUUAAAGUAUGGGUUUUCACAGCUCAGUUGGUAGAGUAGUGCCGUGCUUGGCGCAGAGGCUCCCUGGGUUGGAGUCCUAUUGAAGCCUUGAAUGAUUGUUAUUUUCUUCUUUUUUGCGCUUAAUUUGCUGCAACUGUGAUUACAACUGCGAUGAUCAAAUCUUCAUUUUAAGGAUUGAUCAGUUGAUUAGUGCGCGGCCUUCGCUGCACGAGGGGUGUCCCGGGUUCGAUCCCCGGUGACAUCACAUCCUUGUUUCAAUUUCUCUCCUUUCCGUGUAGCUUUGACUAGCUUUAAAUACCCCUCAAACGGAGCCUUGAUGGAGAGAGAGGCGGGGGGGAGAGUAAAAUGAGCGCCCUGUCGACCUCAAGCUUAUUAGUUAUUACUGUUACGAGUUAUCGACGUAAACUAUGGCUGCUUUACUUUUACCUUUAUUGAGAUUUGUACUUCCGCAGUUCACGUCAGGUUCUUUUCUAAGUUGUGUACGCAGUUGCGUGAAACCGGCCAAAAGGCUUUUAAAGAAAAUUUAGGAAGACACUCCGGUUCACAUCUCUCCUGAUCCCGUUAUCGAUCUCUUAAAUUUUGCUUCGAUCUGUUAUGACGUAGGUUUCUACUGAAUGGUGCUGAAAAAUGCGAGCGACCAAAGAACAGCGAGCCAAUGCUAGCAGCUAAAGGUAAUUUUUUUCCUCAAUAUUUUGUUUCAACAUAAGUAUACAUGUAAAUUAUACAACCGGAUCAAAAAGUAUCAUGGUAAAGUCCACCAUAAAAAUAUGAAUGGCAGGUAUUAUUGCAGCUAAUCCAUUUUGUUUCAAACUGCUAAAAGCAGGAUAGCUGUUACAAACCGCCGUGGAUGAGAGUUUUCUUAGUGAUAUGUUUUUAAGGUUUGUAACCGUUUUUUUGUCUCAAAUAAAACAUUCAAAUAUCGAAACAGAAAGAUUUGCGGGGAUUUGCGCGAUAUAACCGUGCUCCAAAAUGUGAGGGUAUGCCUCCAAACAGUUUCGUUUAUAAGUAGAACUCUUGCAAAAGCGCGCACGCUAAAAAAUUUACAGUAACAGCAAAAUCGGUUGACCCAAUAGGGUAUUUCUGAUGACUAUUUUAUACUGAAUCUCAUGGGCUUCUUCAAACUUGGGUUCUUCAUGGAAAAACUAUGGUAGUUUGAUUGUGUAUGUGGAGAAAACUUAUCCCUGCUUGAAUUUUCACUCACCUACCCCAGCUACGCUUGGUACUCCAAUGUUUCCUACAUUACCUUGCAAAACGAAAUGGCGAAAUGAUUACAUGAAAAGCAAAAAGCGUUGACUCGGUUGGAAAGGUGAGCCGUCUAGCCAGGUAACCCUUUGGUGAUGGUAGGUUCACUCUCCUUGCCGGGCCAACUUUUCUCCAUACAAACACUUUGGCUCGCUCAUCCAGGUCAACUCGGUCAAGACCGGACAAUCAGAGCAUGCGUAAGCGCUGUUUUAUACAAUAGGAGCAUGCGCGAGCAUUGUUGGCUCGGGCAAAGAGGUUAACUUUUUUUCAUGUAAACGCUCGCUUAAGUUGGCUCGGCUGAGAGAUUGACCCUCUUUACUGGGACAAACUUUUCUUCAUAUAAUCUGAGCCUUACCUAUUAAGACCUCUAUUGACUAUUGUUUUUAGAAACUGGUGCAAACGCGUGCAAAAAUACAGCCGUGGAGAAAUCUGAGAGAAGAUACGACUACAGCUCGGAACACGAGACCAGCAAUGAUCUAGAAGGCGAAGAUAACCAAGUGAAAGAAAAAGAGCAAAACGACGCUUGCAAUAUCCAGGAUACAUUGUUCCAGUAUGCCUUACUAGAAAAAGCGGGAAAAGGAGGAUUCAGCGACAGCCGGAGCGACAAGCCGAAGAUUUUACUACUUCGGAGGCCAUGUUCGGUCGUUCCGAUCAGCCGAAGCCGAGCAGGAUUCCCAGAUCCGAGAACAGACAUCUUUGUUGAGUUGCAAGUGCGUAAAAGCCAGAACGUUGCCAAUGAAAGCAGUGAGAAACUGGGCUAUGGUAGCCAGCACGUGAUGCAUCACGUGACUGUGGAUGUGAGGCACAGUGCAACGAAGGAAAGUGCAAGAGACUGGGAAUCAAAGCACGUUAAGCGAGUGAGCGGAAAGAUUGGUUACUGGUUUCGAUUCUACGAACCAAACUGCGAGCUGCUGAUUAUGUUUACCCUUUAUGGCAAGCCUCAGGUGAUCAUCAAACCCGAAACGAAUUUGAAGAGGGUAGCUUUUGAGGUCCUAGAUCACGUCACUGUAGUUGUAGAAACCACUACCUGGAAAUUGCCGCUUUCAAGAGGGGCCGAGGCAGAAAAAGAUUGUCGUAAUCUCAAAGUGCCACUUACCAUACAAGUUCCACUUGUGUCCCUGACGCGCGAACAAACCAGGCUGUGCAAGAUUAUGAACGACCUCCACAAGCUUUGCGACAAUGGAGACUGGGUUAAGUUCGAUAAAGAAUGCGCAAAUCUCCAGCGUUACUCCUCCAUCCCCGAUUUUAAAGUUGCGAUUUUGCUGGAGAAAGCCAUUGCUCUUUUGUACAAACACCAGCUGGAGGAAGCUGAAACAACAGCAUUAGAAGCGCUCAAGGUCGCCUCCAAAGCCAAGAAUCAUCAGCUGCUGGCUGGCAGAGCUUACUACUACCUUGCGCAUGUUUAUCGAAGAGAACGUAAGCUGGGAAAGGCGGUACAGUGCAUCGAUCUGUCCAAACAGAAUCUCCAUCUUAUGGAUGUCUGCCUUGAUCAAAGCUUCAUGGCUUACGAGGAGGGCAAUGUCAUGAAGGAAUUCAUCUCAAACGGCGCUUUUUUGAGAAAGAAGCUUGUUCUUCGAGCAAAGCAAUGUUUCGAGCGAUGCCUUGAUCUUUGCCGACGGCUCGAUAAAUCCGACAGUUCUGCUAUUCCUGCUACGCACAGUUUUGCUCUUAUCAAGAUCGCCAUGCUUUUGCUUGAUUGUGGGAGCAGUUCAGGGCGAGAAAGGUGCGUCACAACAAGCCACAUCCAAGAGGCCAAGCGUUUCCUAAAUUUGAUAGAAAGGCGCGGUCUGGACGAGAUCACUGAGAGGAGAAAAAUUCAAUACCUCUUGGCUUGCUCUGACUUGCAUUAUCGCAUAUGCAACUAUCACAUGGCGAUUUAUUAUGCAGAGGAAGCUUUAAAGAAGGCCAAGGAAUUUGGAUUCGUUUUGGAAGUGCUGCCCGCCCAAAACAGACUUAGCCACCUCUGUCAGAUGCUAGAACCAAAUGACUUGUAGUCUGUAGAAUUUGUAAAAUUAUUACGCUUUGCAUACAGCCAUCUUCUUGUCUGUAUUAGUGAAGAAAAUAUCAAUUCAAUUUCAAGUUUGCAACAGAACGUACCAUUCAAGAUCUCCAAGAUCCGU